CUCCGCAUUGGAAAUCCCUAAAACCCCUUGUGCUCCUUGGCUCUCUUCUAGACCCGCUGUCUCCCGCCGCCUCUUCUAACUUUCGUCGGCGUCGGAAUCGGCAUCGGCACUUCACGACCUAAAUUUCAGGACUAGUGAACUCUUAGCUGCUUAGCCGUCGCUCUCUUCCACCGUUACUGCUUCUCGAGGCCUCGCUGGCUCCGCUUCGGAGUGUGGUCGUCCAGUCAUCCGUCGCCUUGCUCAUCUUCGUUCUUCUCCCGUCUUCCAUUUCUCAACCCCGUUCUUUCUUCUUCUUCCAUUCCUACGUCUUCUUCACUGUCGUUCACCGGCCGCCGUGCUCGCCUUCGCCGUCACCUAGAUCCUCAUUGUCAGGUCUGUCCUUAUUGGCGCCGUCGCCCCAUUCCGCAUAGUCUUGAGUGAUGGCCUCGUUGAAGAGCUGUAACAAUGUUUACUUGAAUGGUUUCGAUUUUCAAGUCUGCCGCUCUAAUAUCAGUGAUAGCAACAAGAGGAACUCAAACUGGAAGCCUCCACAAGCAGCUGUUGUGCCCAAUGUCCACCUUCCAAUGCGAAGCUUUGAGAUGAAAAACAGGACAUCAGUUGAGGACAUAAAGUGUCUGAGAUUGAUAACUGCCAUUAAAACUCCUUACCUGCCUGAUGGCCGAUUUGAUCUUGAAGCAUAUGAUGACUUGGUGAAUAUGCAGAUUGAAAAUGGUGUUGAAGGUAUUAUUGUUGGUGGCACAACUGGUGAAGGUCAAUUAAUGAGCUGGGAUGAACAUAUAAUGCUUAUUGGGCACACAGUCAACUGUUUUGGUGGAAAAAUUAAGGUUAUUGGAAACACUGGAAGCAACUCGACCAGGGAAGCAAUUCAUGCCUCUGAGCAAGGUUUUGCUGUUGGAAUGCAUGCUGCUCUUCAUAUAAAUCCUUAUUAUGGUAAAACAUCUGUUGCUGGUAUGAUUUCUCACUUCAGUAGUGUGCUUUCCAUGGGGCCCACCAUCAUAUAUAAUGUGCCUUCGCGAACCGGUCAAGAUAUCCCUCCACCUGUGAUUCAAACCUUGGUGAUGCAAAGCUCAAACUUCGCAGGCAUCAAGGAGUGUGUAGGAAACGACCGGGUCAAACUUUAUACUGGGAAAAAUAUUGUUGUGUGGAGUGGGAAUGAUGAUGAGUGUCAUGACUCUAGAUGGGACCUUGGGGCUACUGGAGUUAUCUCUGUUGCAAGCAACCUAAUUCCUGGCUUAAUGCAUGAACUCAUGUUUGGUGGCAAGAAUCCAAAUCUGACCGCGAAGGUCUUGCCUUUGAUCCGCUGGCUAUUCAAGGAACCAAAUCCCAUUGGUUUGAACACUGCUCUUGCUCAACUUGGAGUUAUCAGGCCAGUUUUCAGGCUACCAUAUGUUCCCCUCCCUGUGGAGGAAAGGCAAGCAUUUGUCAGAUUGGUGAAUCAAAUUGGCCGAGAGCAUUUUAUUGGAGAUAAAAUGCUUGAGGUUCUUAAUGACGACGACUUUAUUUUGGUUGGUCGAUAUUAAUUUAGGCUGCCUUAGACUUGCUAUCACUAGUGUGAAAUCUGGCAUCCUACUUGGGGGUUUUCCAUAGUUCAAGGCCAGAUGAUCAUGAUGUAAAACUUAGAUUUGCACAUCAUAUUUUAUUAAGAGCAUAAAUGACGUGACCUUAUGGAGUUUCUAUUGAACCUGGUCUUGCAUGUUAUGUAAUUAUAAUUAUGAAUUAGAAAAGAUUUAAAUGGGAUAAAUAGGAUUUAAAUGAUAUUAGUAGGAUUUGAAUUGAAUUUUAA